AUGACCAGUGCAUCGGGCCUUGGAAAAGCUUGUGUUGAGGAAAUAUGCAAAGCUGCUGGUAAUGUAGCCAUAUUGGACCUCAAUGAGGAGAAUGGCAAGGAAAUGGCCAAAGAGUUCCCAGCAUCGGCUAAAUUCUUUGUUUGCGAUGUGCUAAACACGGAGAGCAUUGCGAGCGCCGUCAAGGGGGCUGUUGAUUGGAGCAAACAGACAAGCAAGCCACUUCGAGGCGUUGUCUCCGCGGCCGGAGUGGCAAACCCUGCUACCAUACUUGAUCGUGACGGAAAGGCCUUCAGCCUUGACGCCUUUGACUUCGUCGUGAAUAUCAAUCUGCGCGGCACCAUCGACCUUAUCCGCCAGGCCCUCACGCACAUUGCCCAGGUUGAACCCACUGGUCCAGACUCGGAGCGCGGUGUUAUCGUCAUGGUAGCAUCGGCAGCUGCCUUUGAUGGGCAGAAAGGACAGGUGUCGUACUCUGCCAGCAAGGGUGCCGUGAUGGCCAUGACACUGCCGAUGGCGCGGGAUCUUGCCCGCUAUGGCAUUCGAGUUGUGACAGUCGCGCCGAGUCUCUUUGACAGUCGGAUGACUAGCAUGAUGCCGGAUAAAGUGAGAAAGAGCUUGGAAGACGCAAUGGAAUUUCCAAAACGGGCAGGUCAUCCGAGUGAAUUUGCGCAGUUAGUACGGCAGGGGAUUGAGAAUAUCAUGCUGAACGGAACUACCAUCCGACUGGAUGGUGCAAUGAGGAUGCCGAGCAAGAUGUAA